AUGUCUGAGAAACCAAGGGAAGCCGUCGAGGUCGAGGAAAAGGCCAUUCUUCGCCGCAUCGACUUGUGUCUGCUUCCCCUCAUGUUUGUCUCGUACCUGUUGCAGUACCUCGACAAGACGACUCUGUCGUAUACGUCCAUCAUGGGGCUUUUGACUGGCACAAAAAUGACCACCCACCUCUACUCCUGGUCCUCGUCCGCCUUCUACUUUGGCUACAUGAUCGCCGCAUACCCCGUCUCCCUGGGCUUCGUCAAGCUCCCUCUAGGCCGGUACCUGGCCGCGAUGAUGAUCGGCUGGUCCGUCAUCCUCGCCUGCCACGCCGCGGCAUCCAACUUCGCCGGCCUGUGUGCCCUGCGCGUGCUGCUCGGCGUCUUCGAGAGCGCCAUCAGCCCGGGCUUCACCCUCAUCGUGAGCAUGUGGUACACGCCCGCCGAACACGCCCUGCGCAGCUGCGUCUGGUUCGCGGGCAACGGCGUGGCCGCCCUCUUCGGCGGCCUCCUCGCCUACGCCAUCGGCCACGUCCACCAGGGCAGCGCCAACCUCCUCGCCCCCUGGCAGUGGCUGUUUCUCAUCUUCGGCCUCGUCACCUUCCUGUGGUCGCUUGUCUGCUACUUCACUCUCCCGGACUCGCCGCUCACCGCACGCUUCCUGCCCGCUGAGCAGCGUGGACGGGCCGAUCGUCGGGCCCAGGCCAGACAGCAGAGCUGCCAGAGUCGCCGGUGGAAAAAGGACCAGUUCGUCGAGGCGUUGCUCGAUCCCAAGACCUGGUUUCUCUUUGUCUACAACUUUAUGGUCUCCUUGCCGAACGGAGGAAUCACCAACUUCGCCGCGAUUGUCAUCGAGGCGUUCGGGUUCACCGAGUUCCAAACCCUACUAUACACCAUCCCCAUGGCGGUCAUCGCCCUGUUCUUCCUGCUCGUCUGCGCUCUCGCCUGCAACCGAUACCACGGGCUACGCUGCUACGCCAUGGUCUUUACCCUGCUGGUCAGCCUGCUGGGCAUCCUGCUGAUGCGCCAGCUGCCAGCCGAGCACAAAUGGGGGCGUCUCGUGGGUGUCUGGCUGGUCAGCGUGUUUGGCGCCGGCUGGCCGUUGAGUCUGAGCCUGAUCUCCAGCAACGUUGCCGGCUUCACCAAGAAGAGCACCGUCACGGCCAUUCUCUUCAUCGGAUACUGUGUUGGGAACAUUGCUGGUCCGCAAUUGUUCAGUUCAUCCCAGGCGCCUACCUACUAUGGCGCCUUUGCGGCCAUCCUGGCCUGUUUCUGUAUUGGAAUCGUGGACGUCCUUCUUCUACGGGGGUACAUGGUCUGGGAGAACAGGCGUCGCGACAAGGCGCAAGGAAAGGUGAUUGAGCCGGAGAGUGAUGCUCCUGCUGGCUUUACUAUGGAUGACGGCUGUAUCAUGGAUAUCUCGGACUGGCAGAACGAGUCUUAUCGAUAUGCUUUAUAG